AUGUCUAAAAGCCAGCAACAUCACGCAGUUAGUAUUCCUGUGAAUCGUGAGCAGCGGUCAUUUGAGAGACAGAGACGUGACCUGUUAAAUAGUUUGGAACACGGUGGCGGUAUCAGUCGUGGAAACUGGGUCGCACCGUACACGGAAGAUUGGCCGAGCUCAGUGGAUCACUGGGUUGAUUCCUCGUGGAGAAGAUGGGAGGAAAACAUUCGACGUUUGAGACGAGGAAUGUUUGCGCUGUUGCCGGUUGACCAUUUCGCUGAUGGAAUUUUUCAAAAUCCAUUUGCUCUAAUGAAUCAGAUGGAUCUUCAAAUCCAGGAUAUGCGAGACAGGAUGGGCUCCUUGGAUAUGCCGUCGACUGGUUCAGUGAGUGACUUCUUGAAGGACGCCUAUGAAGUAGGUGAGGAUGGCAAGGUACAUUUCAAGGUGCGAUUCGAUGCACAAGGUUUCAAUCCUGAGGACAUCCAUGUGACGUCGAGUGACAACCGUGUGACGGUGCAUGCAAAGAAGGAGACAAAGACUGACGGUGGGAAGUGUAGUCGAGAGUUCUGUCGUAUGGUGCAGCUGCCGAAAAGCAUUGAAGAUAGUCAGUUGAAAUGUCGUCUGACAGAUGACGGUGUUUUGAUGUUGGAGGCUCCAGUGAAGGUUGAUCAGCACCAGUCACUGACGCUGAACGAGUCUGGCCAGGUGGGUGUUCGGCCGAAAUCGGACCAUCAGAUUAAGGCAGUUCCUGCAUCUCAAGCUCUUGCUGUGAAAGGUACUCACGGGCUGUCGUUUGUGGAUGAUGGUUCAGGUGGCAAACGAUUGCAUGUUGAGGUUCCAGUGGACCCUGUGUACAAGCCUGAGGACUUGUGUGUGAAUGUUGAUUCGAAUCGUGUUGUAGUUAGUGGACGUCAUCAUAAACAGAAGGUUGGUCAUUCUGGGAAGUCGAGUUCAUUUGCGGAGUUCAGUCAGUCGUAUGCGAUUCCGGAGACAGUGGACCCGUUAUCUGUUACUGCCCAGGUAGUUGGCAAUACAUUGGUACUGGAGGCGCCAUUGGCGAAGCAGCAUGCAAUAACUCACUAG